UAAUUACCUAUUUACCUACCGUCUACCCUACCGAAAUAAAAGACCGUUUUUUUCUAGCCGGUAGAUGGCGAGAAACGAAACAACUGACAGAAAUUCAGCAAAAUGUCAGAUUUUAAUCAUAAACAUGAAAAGGUGCUGACAGGACUAGUCUUUCUUCAAGAUGCUGCUUCUAGAAGUUCUCAGCUUACUAAUGGAAUGGUCAAUAUUUUGACUUCAUUUGAUGAAAGGCUUGCGAGACUUGAAAAGACCAUUUUACCAGUCUACAAUGAGACAAAAAAUUUGCAACAGAAACAAGAAAACAUUGAUAAAACAUUAGCCUCUUUGGAUCAUGUCAUUAGCUAUUACAGUGUCAGCAAGGAAGUUGAGCCUGUCAUAAAAGAGAGCCCUUCAAGUCAGGGUCUAGAAAUUUUUCUCCAAUCCCUCGGUCGAUUGCAAGAAGCUAUGCAUUUCUUUGAGAGAAAUAAUCCACAGAGUGUGGAGUUAGAAAAUGUUAUGAGCCUAUUUGAAACUGGCAAAGAUAAUAUUAUCAGCGAAUUUAAAGAACACCUAGCAAAACAUAGUCAAACCAUUCCUGCUACAGCACUUUUGGAAGCUCUAGCAAAUGAUGAAGAGGAGAUAAGUAUAAAUCACUUCUCUGCAGAUGUGAAAGACAAUUUGAUGCAAAUAGCUGAUUGGCUUGUAACUCACAAUGAAGAUGACUUCAUGAAUGUUUACGCUCGGUUUCGCGCAAAUACUGUGCAGAAAACCCUUCUUGGCCUUCGUGAUCAUUUGAGAAGUUCAUCUACUGGGGUAUCGAGUCACCAAGGCGUGAGUCCCGUAGCUGCCAUGUCGGGAACGGCUACAUUGCUGGCAAAAUCAGGUGUCAAAGCCAGUUAUGACACUCCAAGUAGAAAGACAUCUAAGAAACUACAGCAAAUGCUUGAGCGCAAGGCCAACCAAAUGCUUUUGAAAGCUUCUCAAACGUUGGAAAGCUCUACAGGACUGGCUUUGGGCCCCAGGAGAAGCGCUGCGGACAGUAUAAAAGAAGAUGCUGUCGAAGAACACGAAAUCGAAUCGUUCUUAACCGAAUUCACGGCACUUUUGCGACUACUGCAGAGUGAACUGAGACUUAUGUUGGGUAUUGUCCCUUUGCCGCAUCAAAAAGCUGUUCUGUCUAUCAUUCUCAGAGACGCAUUGGAAAUGAUCUGUCACGAUGCCGAGAGCUUAAGCGGCCGAGCGCGCCGAAGUGUUUCUCGUCAAGAGUUCGGUCCCGUUUUGCUUCUUUUUCCUGCCUUACGCCAUUUAGUGUGUUUUAAAGGCGACUGUGAUAAAUUGCUGGAAGGAUGCGAUUCUUCUGUUCGCACACGAUUUUACGCAAUGGUUAAUAAUCUCCAUACAACCUGCGGCAAGGCCCUUGAAGACUUUGCAGAAUCUGUGCGUUCUGAAUCUGCAGCUCCAUUGCCUAGAGAUGGCACGGUCUAUGAAAUGACGAGCAAUGUCGUUCUUUUUCUCGGCCAGUUGACUGAUUUGUCUGACACAGUCGGUCCGCUUCUCGCCCAAGAUCAAAGUUAUUCCAACGCAUUGGUACACACUCAACCCUGGCCGAAACCUCAGAGAAACAAAGCUUUACUAGGACUUUAUAUCAAAAAAGUGUUGGUUCAACUAAAUUUAACUUUAGUUACUAAAAGCGAUGCGUACAGCGAUUCUUCUUUGCGCUAUAUUUUUCGAUUAAAUAACAGCCACUAUUUGUUAAGCGCACUACAGCGUAGUGGCCUACUAGACCUGUUGAAGGUUGUGGAACCAGAAUGCGAGCCGAUUUACCGAGAAAUGAUCAACGAACAGAAGAGGCUUUAUUCUCAAAGUUGGAACAAGGUCUUAGCCCCAAUAUGGAAUUCGGAAGAUGUUCCAGCAUCUGUACUUCUUUCCGGCAGGUUACGGGAAAAGGAUAAAGCUUUAAUUAAAGAAAAGUUCUCGACCCUUAACAAGGAGUUUGAAGAAUUGUCCAGAGAGCAACGAGGUUAUUCAGUGCCAGACGUUGAGCUUCGCGAGAGUCUGAAGCGUGAUAACAAAGAGUACAUCCUGCCGAAGUAUCAGGCUUUCUAUGACAAGUACAGCAACGCGCAGUUCAGCAAACACAGUGAAAAAUACAUCAAGUACUCACCGGCCCAAAUUUCAUCGGUAAUCGAUACAUUUUUCGACGUUGCUGCAUGAUGAUCAAAACGAUCAAGGUUAACAAAAAAUCAUCCUGAUUGUAUUUUCAACACCAAAUUUAAAUUUAUUAAAAAAUGAAAUUACAA